AUGGCCGGCCUUAGCCUCUCCCCCAGCCCGCCCGCCAGCCAGACCCGCGAGCAGGUCAAUCCGACCCUGAUGAUGAGCUGGUGGGCAACCGCCUUCUCACUCGCCAUCAUCGUCGUCCGGCUGUGCGGGCGCUACAUCCGCAUCGAACGCUUGUUUCCCGAGGACAAGGUCAUGAUGGCCAGCGUGAUCCCGCUCGUCAUCCGCAUGGUGUUGGUGCAUUUCGUGCUGCUCUAUGGAACGAACAACACAACCACCGCGGGACUGUCGGCGGCCGAUAUCCAUUCGCGACAGCUCGGCUCCAAGCUCGUUCUCGCAGCCCGCAUCUUCUACGCCAUCUUCAUCUGGACGGCCAAACUGACCGUCUGCGAGUUCCUGAAGCGCGUUACGGGCUUGGUCUGGCGCCGGUCUGUCAUGGUCUUCCUGCGCAUCGUCCACUUCUUCCUCGCCUUGACCCUCGUGGCUGUCGUGUUCGCAACCCUCAUCGAAUGCCACCCCUUCGACCACUACUGGCAGGUCGUGCCCGACCCCGGACCCGCCUGUCGCGCCGGGUACGCGAAUCUCAUCACAAUGGGAACCUGCGACGUGAUCACCGACUUAUUGCUCAUCGCCUUUCCCGUGCCCAUCGUCCUCAUGGCGCAUAUGCCAAUCAAGCGCAAGAUCUCGCUCGUGCUCCUCUUCUGCCUCUCGUUGAUCCUCGUCGGAAUCACUUGCUACCGCGUGCCCUCCGUGAUCGAACACCGCGGCUCGCAGCAGUAUCGCUCGCUGAUCGCCUCGUUCGAAAUCCUGGGCGCAACAGCCGUCUCCAACUGCCUCGUCAUCGGCUCCUUCGUCCGUGACCGCGGCGUCAAGAAACCAAAGUAUAAGCCUCAGCAGGGGUCCGCCUCUGUCACCGAGAGCAUGGAUCACUCCUCCGUCCGCAGAAACACCGUCAUGCAUAACCAAUGGGGCAGCGACUCCGACCUCGCAGCGGACCUGGGCAUCCGCCUCCAUCCAAAACUCUACUCGUCGGCUUCAUCCGCCCUGUCGGACCUGCCCAUCCCCCGCCCUGCGCCGCCCGUCGCCGCUUAUGCAAUGGCGCGCACGGGGACAAUCGACCAUACCUGGUCCUUUGCGGCAGAUAGCCAGAAGAGCAGACCCUCCGCCGACUACCAGGACAACGACCACGACGGUUACUGCGCUGUCUCUCCAAAGGAAUACAUCCCCACCAUCCAGUCCCCGCGCGAGAAACCCCUUCCCCAGCCGUCCUCAACCUCAACCCUCUCCUCCUCGCGUCGGUUAUCUUUCUUCGAUGUCGGUGGGCUAUUAGAUCCAACCCCACACUCGCCCGUCCGUCCACAGACCCUGGCGCCAGACCACGAUCUCCUCGAGCCGCAGCAACGGUUCCGGCAUGGAAGUCGUGCGUUUCUAGAAGAUAUUGGCGGCAUUACACGUGUGGCUUCUUCGCCGCCUUCUGCUGUUGUUCCGCCCGCUGCUCCGGCUGUGGCUGCUACGCAAUUCCCAGUUCAUCCCUCUCAGCAGGUUCCUCCCCUUCACACCCACCCUUCUUCUCCUCUUGCGGCUAGCGAAACGGCCGCUGCUGGUGCGCUGCCGUUGCCGCCGUAUCGGCCGCCCUCGGACAUGUCGAUUCGAGUGGGCGCUGAGUUGCAGGAUGUUGGUGGGCUCUUGUCUGAGCAUAGCGGCUCGAACAAGAGGGGGUGA